AUUGGAUGAUUGAUCGAUGGUAGGACGUUCUGUUUAGGAAGGAGCCGAGAAGUGGCGGGGAAGUGCCGCAAGAGCACAGAUGCCCAGGCGUCCCUCCCCGCUCUUUUGAAGCCAAGAUUGCGGGAGCCAAAUCCCCGCCGCAUAAAACCGUUCAAAUUGUGGGCGGUGUGGGGUAGGCCGUCCUCGAGUCUGACCAAUCAGACACGUUGCUUCACGCGUCAUGUAACGUUCCCUCGACUGACACGCCCAAGUGCCGUCCACCGACUCCCACCAAACGAGCUAUCUCAACUCCCGACUUUUGACCGCUCCAGCCUCCCAGUGCCUCCAUCAUGAUCGUUAUCGCUCCCGGUCCCUAUCCUCAUCUCGGAUCUACCUACCUCACUGCGCCCGCAACCCGACAACGAGCCAUUCCUACCCCGCGAUACAUCGACCCUCCGUCCACUGAACUUCGGAUUCGAACAGUAGCCAAACAGACGAGCAUACAAACGCCCUGUAGAUGGAUCCAACCACCAGGUGCGAUACGGAAUACAUGGAUGCGAUGUUACACCUCGUAGACAAGCUGGAAUGUUGGGCAGUGGGUGGCAGGGCUGCGAUUGGCAUCACUGUUUUGACGAGAGACCGCGGUGAUACUGUCGACUCGGGCGUAACCCUCACCCAACACCGAUAAUUGUCCUGGGCAAAAGGACCAACAUGUGCAACAAGUCCAUACCACCAACAGCCUAUAUAAGGUAUCUCGACUAGAUCGCAAACUGGAGCAAGGUCCUUCCGCGCACCACGAUAAUAAGCGUCAUAAUAUGCUUUCCUCGAUUGAUGACUGCAUGUAGCAAGGACAGCCCCAAGGCUCGGGAAACAAUAUCCAUUUGUAAUCUUUGCAGCCAUAAAGCAUAGCAGUCACACGGCGGUGUCGCCUUGUACAACCCGGCCUCUCGGCACUCCGAACAACCCAAAGCUCCGGAGCAGCCGGCAAGACGUCAUGGCCGGUUGACGGGCCCGCCAACUAGACCAAACCACCGGUGACCGGCGACUACCCUCGUGGCGAGAGUUAGUCUGGAAGCCCAGUGUCCCGACUCCGGCAGCUUCCAGAAUUAGCGCAUCCAUGGCUCCCGUCGUGGGGGUCAGCGGUGUCAGGCACAGCCGGGUUACCGUUCAUAAAAUGGUCUUCAACCCCAGAUUUUCAGAUUUGCUUGCCCAUGGGGAAGUGGCCCUGUUCAUCAUCAAAAUGAUCCAUCUUGAUGCCUUUUCUGUCCACCUUUGCACCGUCUCUACCAUGCACAACGCCCAUCGCUGGGGACACAUCGACAGGUGCGCCCACGGGAGCCGGUGGGCCGCACCAUAGGGUGGAGCUCUUCUCUCGACGAUGGCGUGGCUCGAUGCCGGUUUGAGCUUGGCGCAACACACUGCCGGGAGCAGCCUCCUUCUUUCCGCUGAGGGCGACGCAAAUAGCCGUGGGCGCGAGGACUCGACAGUCAAUCAGAGGUCGGAGAAGUAUUCAGGCGGUUGUCUCGGAUAUCAUCGUGGAUAUUCCCUCUGGAAUAAUACAUUGGGGGUUGCUUGUUCGCUGAGUCAAGCCGGGGCAUAGCCGAGCUUAAUACCCUGGCUGCGGCUCAACGGAGCUCUGGGAUCCCAAGGACAGACGGAAGCGCCCGCAGAGACCGGUGCUGGGCUGCUGUGUCUGGGCGCUGAAUGCCUGCCGCGCCCGUUUGCUGCUUCCUGAUUGGUCAUCCCCCUCCGUUCCCCCGAUGACAUCACAGACGAGCAGAUCUAGAGGAAAAGAUGGGGGGCUGUUUGCAAAAGUGGUAGUCUCGAGCAAACAGAUGAGGAAAAAGAACAAUUCGAUUACUGGAGAGAAAUGAGCCGGCUCCACUGCUUCCAACAAUCAGAACACGGAAUCAAUGGCAGUUUUGGAAGGAUGGGGGAGAGGUGGCAAGUGAGAGAGGUGAAUGGGAUGAGAUGCGGGGCUCUCGAGUUUUGAAGGCUUCCGCGCCCGCCGGCGGCCCGCCCAGACAGCGCGGCAUGGAGACCCUGAACCGGGAUGAACCUGUUGGGCAACUGAUGAUGUAGAGUAAUUAAAGUGGGCAGACUGCCGCUCCUCCUGUCUGCGCGAGUUUGUGUCGAGGGAACUAAUUCUGCUCUGCAUCUCUGGUGAUUUUCCUGCGGCUUUUCUCUGUUCUCUUUUCUUCCUUCGGUCGUCUUUCUGUGUCCGACUGCCACCUCCUUCACCACAACCCGCCUCAUCACCAUCACGUCAGAACUGCCCUGACCGGCCAGCCAUUGCGGACAGCUUCGUCGUUCUGAGCAGCCCCACUCUCUUUUCCCGGUCGUUUUCAGUCUUUUUUUCUCUCACACACAGCCCAACUGCUCAAAAUGGCGUCCAGAGUAGCUUCGGCUGCGCUCAAGGCGCGCGUCCAUCGCCCGUCAAUGCUCAACAAGCUGUGCCAGCCCGAAGACCUCUUGCACCACUUCCCCAAUGGCUCCUACAUUGGCUGGUCUGGCUUCACCGGUGUCGGCUACCCCAAGAAGAUUCCCGUUUUCCUCGCCGACCAUGUCGAGAAGAACAACCUCCAAGGACAGCUCAAGUACAGCCUCUUCGUCGGCGCCUCGUCCGGUGCCGAGACCGAGAACCGCUGGGCUGCCCUCGACAUGAUCGAGAGACGGUCUCCUCACCAGGUCGGCAAGGAUAUCGCCAAGGGCAUCAACGAGGGCCGCAUCAACUUCUUCGACAAGCAUCUGUCCAUGUUCCCCGUCGACCUUGUAUAUGGCUACUACACCAAGGACAAGCCAAAUGGCAAGCUCGAUGUGGCGGUUGUUGAGGCUUCUGAGAUCAAGGAGGAUGGCAGCAUCGUCCCCGGUGCUUCCGUCGGUGCCACUCCCGAGCUGAUCCAGAUGGCUGACAAGAUCAUUAUUGAGGUCAACACCUCGCUCCCGAGCUUCGAUGGCCUGCACGACAUCACCAUGACCGAUCUUCCUCCCCGCCGCAAGCCCUACCUGAUCACCCAGGUCGAGGACCGCAUUGGUACCAACUCGAUCCCCAUCGACCCCGAGAAGGUUGUUGGUAUCGUCGAGUCCGACUACCAGGAUCAGACCUCCCCCAACACCCCUGCCGAUGAGGGCUCGCAGCAGAUUGCCGGCCACUUGAUCGAGUUCUUUGAGCACGAGGUGAAGCACGGCCGUCUUCCCAAGAACCUCCUUCCUCUCCAGUCCGGUAUUGGCAACAUCGCCAAUGCCGUCAUUGGUGGUCUGGACAACUCCAACUUCCGCAACCUCAAGGUGUGGACCGAGGUCAUCCAGGAUACCUUCCUUGAUCUUUUCGACUCUGGCCGCCUCGACUUCGCCACCGCUACCUCUGUCCGCUUCUCUCCCGACGGCUUCAAGCGCUUCUACAAGAACUGGGAGUCGUACAAGGACAAGCUCCUCCUCCGCUCUCAGCAGGUGUCCAACUCCCCCGAGAUCAUCCGUCGCCUUGGUGUCAUCGGCAUGAACACCCCCGUCGAGGUUGACAUUUACGCUCACGCCAACUCGACCUGCGUCAUGGGCUCCCGCAUGCUCAACGGUCUCGGUGGCUCGGCUGAUUUCUUGAGAAACGCCAAGUACUCCAUCAUGCACACUCCCUCGACUCGUCCCUCCAAGACGGACCCCCACGGUGUCUCGUGCAUUGUCCCCAUGUGCACUCACAUUGAUCAGACUGAGCACGACUUGGACAUUGUGGUUACCGAAGUUGGUCUUGCCGACGUUCGCGGUCUGGCUCCCCGCGAGAGAGCCCGCGUGAUCAUUGACAAGUGCGCCCACGAUGUGUACAAGCCUAUCCUCAAGGCUUACUUCGAGAAGGCCGAGUUUGAGUGCCUGCGUAAGGGUAUGGGCCACGAGCCUCACCUGCUCUUCAACAGCUUCGACAUGCACAAGGCCCUGUUGGAGGAGGGCAGCAUGCGCAAGGUCAAGCCUUGGUAA